UUAAAGACAAAAAUGGACCAAUCGGAGAAGAAAUACAACAAAUCGUCAGAAAAUGUUUCAUUUGCUGAACACAAGAUUUUGAAAGAGAAGUAUGAGAGUCUGAUGAUAGAGCAUGAGGGCCUAAUUAAAACGCUUGAGUUUCUAGAGACAACUCAUGGAUUCACUGUAGAUGAUCUGGUGAAUAAGCAAAGAGAAGCAUUGGAGAGGAAGGAAGUGAUUGAAAAGUGGGAGAACAAGUUUGGUGAAAUGCAAAAGAAGCUAGAGUUUGUCGAAAAGAAUAUCGAAUACAUAAUGUCGGUGGAUGAUGAAACCGAGAUGAAUGGUGUGGAUUCAGGUAGUGCAAGACCUGCAGAGAGACCUAAUGUGAAGAACAGUGUUUCAAAAGAGGAUGCGAUGGUGAUUAGUGACGACGAUGAAGAAAACCAAAGACACAGUAACUCAUCGCAUCAGGAUCACUUCAUUCUUUGAUCAAGAUCUGAAAUCAAUUUUGGAGAUGGAGAAGCAGAGAGUCAGAAGUGGUGAUACUGAAAUUUCAAAUCCUUAUAAGUUAGUAGUUCCUGUUGCAUUGUUCUUGUUAUUUCGGAGUUAGGAGAUCAAGACAUGAAAGUUUGGUAUGGUAAGUGAAUUUAGCCUUGACAUAAUAAGAUAGUAAGAGAAGCAGCUUCCAGCUUAAAUCUAUUUCCAGAUAAUUCCAUAAUAAGAAAUAAGUGACAAGCUUGUUGAUUAUA